AAUAAAUUAAUAAAUUUUCAUCUUCUAAAUUUUCGUUUCUCUAAUUACCUCUCUCUUUGUAAAGUUGUAACAGUCGCAUUCUGGUGGUGUCCCCCGCCUUAUAUACUUCCCUCCAUAUACAUCUAGACGUUUAGCAUCACCUCAAUUACGGUUGUUACAAAAACGAAUUACUUACUACUUACUGUCACAGUAAAACAACGAAAACAAAACAGAAAAAAAAAUAAAAAAAUUAAACUACUAGCUAGGGGAUUUAUUUCAUUGGAUUAUUCAUCUUGUGGGUUAUUAUUAAUUAACAGAUUGAUUAAUAAUGGGUUUUCUUCACAAAUUAUGGGAUGAGACACUUGCGGGUCCAGCACCUGAUUCAGGGUUAGGUAAACUACGUAAGUAUAAUUCAUUUGCUGGACGCGCCACCAGUACUCCGCCAUCACCCACCAAGGUUGGCCGUCAUCACCACGGCGGUGGUGCUGACAUUGAUGAUUUGAUCCCGGUUUCGAGGAGCAUUACGAUUUUACGCAGUAACUCAACUUCAGCUGCAAGAUGUGGAAAUGUUACACCUGAUUCUGGAUCUGUUCCUUCUUCUCCAGCUACUUCUAGUGCUUCUAAUUCGCCAUUUGCACCAAGCUCACCACGAAGGAAUUUCAAGAAGAAACCAAAGGGAAAAGCGAAUACGGAACCGUCACCGAACUAUGAUUGGAUAGUGCUGAGUGCUUGGGAUCGUUGAAGAGUAGUAACUACUGUGUGAAGAAAUGGCUGCUGCAAUGAUAGAAAUUAAGCCUUUCGCAAAUCAAACUGACAGAAAGGUUACCGGCUGCUAAUUAAGAGAAUUUCCAAUGUUGUGCAUAUAUAAUUAAUCUGUACAUAUUAGUGUGUGUGUGUAUAUAUAUAUAUAACGAAAAUAAAAAGGUUCCAGUAGUGAAGGAGCCGCUGCAUCAUAUCGAUGAUUAAUGUUAAUAUCAGGGAGAGAGAAACUACAAUUGUAGGAGAUUUGACUUUCUUUGUAACUAUGCUUCCUCCGUCUGUUGGAGUGAUGCCUUUUGACUUUUCUUAUUUUAGUGGAGAUUGGCCCUCUUUGGGACCUGCUAUAUAUCUCUCUAGAUGGUUAAGUCUGUUGUGAGUUUGAUGUACUCCACAAUAAUAAUGCUCUUUCAAUAAAUACUUGAAUGAAGCUAUAGUUUAAUU